UUUAUUUAUGCUGCCCUCUAUAAAUUCUGAAAUAUUAUGUUCAUUGAAAAAUACUCAACUUGCAUGGGUGGGUUCGGUGAAUACAGUGCUUGUUCAAGAGGUACCUACUUGAGUAAUGCGGUGAUAAAGUUAAAAAACAUAUACGAGAAUAGUAUUACUCAUAAGAGUACGAAUAAACUUCGAAAAUUAUAUUCAGUUUUCAACGAACACCAAACUGUACAUAUGCGACCAAUUGAAGUUAACCAAAAAUGAAACAUUUUCAAUUAGCAUGGCUUGUUUUGAACGUAUGCUUAGUAUAUACUUUCAACUUAGAGCCAAGAAUACCUGUUAUUAAAAGAGGAUUAAAUGGCUCUUAUUUCGGUUAUUCCGUAGCCGAACAUCAGGAAAUUUCAGACGAUGGUACAGAGAAACCAAAAAGUUGGAUGUUAAUUGGCGCUCCAUUAGAUCAAAAUAGACAACCAAAAACUAAUAGAUCGGGUGCAUUAUGGCAAUGUCCUUUAACAACAUUUAAAAGAGAUUGUACUCAAGUGAUCACGGAUGGACGAUUAAGUUUUGAAUCUGACAAUUUAGUGCCACCAGGUAAUGAUGAAAUAAAGAAUAACCAAUGGUUAGGAGUAACAGUUCGUAGUCAGGGUUCUGGAGGUAAAGUAAUGGUUUGUGCGCACAGACACAUAGUAAAAACUGCAGACUCUCAAUGGGGUCAAGGGCAAUGUUACAUAUUAACGCAAGAUUUAAAAUAUCAAGAUCUAAAGAAACCUUGCUCUGGAAAACCAACAAAUAAAGCUCAUGAACAAUUUGGGUAUUGUCAAGCUGGAACUAGCGGUGUACUUACUGCAGAAGAUCGUGUUGUUAUUGGUACACCAGGGCCACAUACAUGGAGGGGAACUUUAUAUCUUUUUACGAUUUCAGAUGAAUUUUUAACUAGAGAUAAUACUGUUUACAAUGCACCAAUGCAAGAUUCUUCUCCUGUUAGCAAGUACAGUUAUCUAGGAAUGUCAGUUACUGUGGGGAACUUUUUUGGUAAUGGAUUAGCAUAUGCUGCUGGAGCGCCUCGCUCGAAUGGUACUGGUCAAGUUAUUUUACUUACACGACGAGAUUUUAAACCAGACAUGGAUGUUGCUCUUAUUUUGAAUGGUGAACAAUUUGCUUCAAGUUUUGGAUACGAAAUUACCUCUGCAGAUGUUAAUGGAGACAAAAUUACUGAUCUUAUAGUCGCAGCACCAUUUUAUUUCAAUAAAGCAGAAGGUGGUGCUGUAUAUGUAUAUACAUCAUUACAAAAAAGUUAUAAAGAAAAUGAGAAAAGCAAACCUGUUAAACUUGUUGGUCGUGAAGAAUCAAGGUUUGGAUUUGCAUUGACAAAUCUAGGAGACCUAAAUAAAGAUGGAUAUGAAGACAUUGCUGUUGGAGCUCCUUAUGAAAAGAAGGGAACAGUAUACAUAUAUCUGGGUGCCAAAAAUGGAAUAAUUACAGUGCCAUCACAGGUAAUACAUGCAGAUGACAUGCCAGAACCCUUACAAACAUUUGGUUAUUCAUUGAGUGGCGGCAUUGACAUGGAUCAAAAUGGAUAUUCUGAUUUAUUAGUUGGAGCUUAUGAAAAUGAUGCUGUAGCACUUCUGCGUUCAAAAAAGAUUAUUGAUAUUACUACGUACAUCCGUUAUCUAAAAAAGGAUGGUACAUAUCAAGAGAAAAUAGAACCCAUUGAUCCUAAUAAAUUUGGCUGUCCGGAGGACCCUGAUUCAAAUCACACAUGUUUGUCAUUUGAAGCCUGUUGCAAAACAGAAUCUCUAGUAAAGGAAGAGGACAUGCAAAAUUUAAAAUUAAAUUAUUAUAUUGAAGCUGAGACCUAUACAGGAGUCAAAAAAUUCUCAAGAGUUUGGUUUGGCACUGGUAAUUCUCGUCCACAUUAUAUAAAUCGUACUGUCACUUUGGAUACAGCAAAAUUUGAACAUUGCCAGAAAGAAAUAAUUUAUUUAAAGGAAAAUACACGUGACAUUCAAUCACCUAUUAAAUUCCGUUUGAAUUAUUCUUUGAUACAAGAAGAACCAAUUAUGCCAGCUGAAGGACAACCCCUACCUGAUAUAAAAAAUUAUCCUAUAUUAAACCAACAAGAAGCUGCGCGGGUAUUUGAAGCAACCUUCCAGAAAGAUUGUGGCAAUAACGACAUAUGUGAAAGUGAUUUACAACUAACGGCUCGAUUAAAUUUAUCAGCUUCGUCCGUGAAACCUAACUUCUACGAACUCCUUUUGGGUGAAAGGGAAGAAGUUAUAGUAGACGUAAACGUAUCUAAUGUUGGAGAAUCAGCGUAUGAAGCUCAGUUAUUUAUUGUUCAUUCGCACAGUUUGAAUUACAUUGCCAGUAAUAAAAACAAUGAUUCUGUAAUUUGCAAUUUAUAUAAUACCACACUAGUGGCUUGUUCCAUUGGAAAUCCGUUUAAGAAAGAUAAAAUGGUAAAUAUACAAGUAAGAUUCGAUCCGAAAGAAUUAGAGGAUAACGAAUCGAAAUUGGAAUUUGUGAUAUUUGCAAAUUCUACUUCAAAAGAAAUAAAAGAAAAGGAACAUACUAGAUUGCAAGCAACAGUAGUGAAGCGGGCGGAAUUGUCGAUUAAAGGGAGUACAAAACUUGAAUGGGCUUUUUAUGGCGGACCAAUUGUAGGCGAAUCAGCUAUAAAACAUUUAAAUGAAGUCGGACCAAAAGUUUCACAUAUUUACGAAGUAUUUAAUGAAGGUCCAUGGAGAGUAAGCAGUUUAGAAGUUCGAAUUUCGUGGCCUUAUGAAGUUGCAAACGACAAAGCACAUGGGAAAUGGCUUUUGUAUUUAGAAGAAUUGCCAACUGUACAAGCGUUAGGUGAUGGCGUAUGUAUAUUACCACCAGAACACAUUGCUAAUCCUUUAAAAUUACUGGAUAGUACUAGUUACGAUGAUAGUGAUGUCUUCCAAUCUGUAUUAACUACUCCUUCCACGCUACAUAAUCACUCGAACUAUGUAAGAAUGAAAAGAGAUACAGAAAAAGUCGUUAAUACGCGCACAAUUAUUGAUAAGGAUGGCCAUCGACGUCAAGUAGUUUCAAUGAAUUGCAAAGCAGGAACUGCAAAAUGCUUUGAUAUUACAUGCUUUAUAUAUAAUUUGCAAAGGAAACAAGAAGCGAUCAUAACUGUUAAAGCAAGGUUAUGGAAUUCUACCCUCGCAGAAGAUUAUCCUAAAGUGGAUCAAGUGAAAAUAGGUUCUAAUGCAAAAAUAGUUAUUCCAUUAAAUGUUGAGAUCCAACAAGAAAAUUUGAAAGAUGAUGUUGCGAUUGCUGAAACGAUUGCAUAUCCAGAUAUUCUUGGUCAACAAGAUGUUGAACCUGUGCCCAUUGGGAUAAUCAUAGGAGCCGUAGUAGCAGGUUUGAUCUUGUUUGUCAUACUUACAUUAAUUCUGAGAAAACUUGGAUUCUUUAAAAGACGACGGCCGGACCCCACAUUAUCUGGAAACCUCGAGAAACAUAGGGAAGAUAAUCCAGAAAGUGAAGCGUUAUUUAAACGCUGAAGGUUGAAACAAAUGUUUAUUACGAUUAUAUACUUAAAAACAUUUUUUCAUCAAUUUUCAUUUUUACUUAAGUUACAGUACUUACAAUGAAAAAUAACAAACUGUUAAAACUAAGAAAUACAGAAGUACGCAUUUAAGCAAGUGCACACAAGAAGUUUAAAAUCAAGAUUGUGAUAUAUUGAUAUAUUUAUAAAUAUAUACAUACAUUUAUACAUAUAUAUUUUUAAAAUCAUAUGAAAUCUCUUAAUUGCAUAACUUUUUGAUAUCGAACACAUGUUCAUUAUUUUAGAAUUCAAUAUUUAUAAUCAAUCUGUUAACCAGUUAAUAUUUUAGUCAUCAAUUUUUAUUGUCGGUACAACGGAAGAAUAAUGCAGCUUAUCUUAAAACAAAGAUAAUUUAGUAUGUAACUUAUAUUAAUAUAGGUAUUGUAAUAUAAUUACAUGCUUUACAAGUGUUAGAGAAUGUAAUGGAAUUCAGAUAACAAAUUUUAAUGGUUAACAGGUUACUUUUUAAAUGAACUGCCAUUAUUGAUUAUCAUACAAUAUUUUUGCAUACGUUGACAAAGGUUCAAAUAUAUUAUCAUUAUAAAUACCUUUUGUUAAAGACUGUUGCCGGUACAGCUUUAUAUGCUUUUAUUUUUGCAUUUAUGAAAAAAUAGAAAAUAGUAAAGGAAUACUUCUUGAUAAUAAUACUGCUUAAUUUAUAUAUUCUUAUAAAUGCAUAAAUAUAUUAAACAAAAUAUAGAUUUAAAAUGAAUGUAUUUAAUAUCACCAUAAAUUAAAACAAGUUAGAGCUUAUCUGUGCAUAUUUCACGUUAGAUGUAAAAAAUACAUUAUGCAUUUAAUGAUGAAAUAUAGUAUGGUAACUUUAUUAAAGUAUGAUUAGUAAUGUUCUAUCAAU